AGCACGCUUCCGGUUGAGGUUGUCGGUGUCAAAUGUCAAAACAAAGCAGCAGCAGUCAGAGCCUCAGAGCUGACUGAUGGAAACAUAACAAGGCUCUUUAUCACAGAAAGACAUGGAGGUGACGGAGGAGGAGCGUCGACAGGUGGAGGAGCAGGUGGAGAGGAUGCUGAGCGGUCAGGGGUCGGAUGUCACGUUGUGCGACACGGGCAUGGAGGCGAGCAAACCUGCAACUCUGAGGAAGAACGUCACCUACAUCGUCGCUGCCGUCAUCUUCAACGAUAAGGAGGAGGUGCUGAUGGUGCAGGAGGCGAAGCAGGACUGUUAUAAGCAGUGGUAUCUCCCUGCAGGGAGGAUGGAGGUGGGGGAGAGCCUGGUGGAGGCGCUGAAGAGGGAGGUGAAGGAGGAGGCCGGCCUUGAGUGUGAGGCAAUCACCCUGCUGUUGAUCCAGGAGCAGGGACCGCAGUGGAUCCGCUUCAUCUUCCUGGCCAAGGUCACAGGUGGGACUUUAAAGACCCUGACAGCAGCAGAUCAGGAGUCUCUUCAGGCGUCCUGGUGGGACAGACAGUCUGCUCUGUCUCUGAGAGGACGAGACAUCCUCCGACUCAUCGAAUGCGGACUCAAGUACCGUCAGGAACCCUGGCACCCCGUCACUCUACCCAUAGACAUGAGUUGCCGUCAUGUGUUGCAGAGACUCCUCCUGGUCUUUAAUCACAAUGACGAGAAGAUCUGGGUCCUGGUCAUCAAAGCUCCAGUCUUCCACCUCCCCACGGCGGCCGCAGUAAAGACCCACGCAGUGACCUGGGCGGCCAACAUGGUGGUGCAGGAAGCCAUGCCGACGGCGUACUACGACUAUGACGUCAACACGCUGGGUCUCUUCAGCCUGCAGCACAACGGCCGGCAGCACGGGAAAACAGACGGGGUGUGUUUCAACACGCUGGUGGCUCUGGUGCCCGAUCACGUCCAACGCAACGAGGAUGGAGAGAAGGUGGAGUGGAAGGGGACAGGACGGCCUCCACCUGUAGAGAACUCUCGAUACGUGUGGUGUGAAGUCCAGAAACAAACACUGAAAGAGAAACUGCUAGAAAUGACCAAAAACACCUCGAUUCUACCGGUCCACAGCCUCUACUGAGCAAAACAUGUCCCUGCAUCAGUCACCUGAUGGAUUCAACACGAAGACUCUAAUUAUAACAAGAUCACACUAACUGUUGGAAUCAUGUAAAGAGAUUUUAUUCUGAGAGUUAUUCAUUAUGUUGUAAGAGUUUAAGAGUGAACACAGAGCAAUAAAUCUUAAUAUUUGAAUGUUUUUCUUUAAA